AUGAACAAAUUCAUCAUUGCUCUCGUGGCAACCUUACUUUUGGCUUCUUGCUUGGUCAACUGUCAAUAUAGCAACAAUUACGGUACUAAUUAUGGUACAUCAGGAGGCGCUGGUUCUAACUAUGGAGUCACUGGAGGAAAUUACAAUCAAUAUGGACAAAAUUCUCAAUCCUAUUUGAAUCAAGUGAAUGCAGUCAAUUCACAACCAUACUCAAGUUAUGGAUCUUCAUAUACUGGACCAAGUAGUUAUGGAACUAAUUAUGGAAGUGCUUAUUCAAUGCCAUUCUAUGGUGGAUACGGAGGAUAUGGAAUUCCAUUUUAUGGUGGUUAUGGAGGUGGUUUUGGAUACGGUGGUGGUUUUGGUUAUGGUGGUGGAUUGGGUUGUGUUGGAGGUGUUAGAUGUUUCGAUCCUCAUGAUGAUGAACUAUCCGAAAGAAAACAUUACGAAAUACUAAACUAUACAUCUGGAAUUUCAUUGAAAAAGUUCAAUCAUGAUUCGAAUAAUCAAAUUACUGCCUUUAUUCCCUUAUUGAAAGUAAUGUUUCCAACAUUUUUUGAAAAUGUCUUUCUGAAUGAGAAAUUGUUGAGUCAAUUGUCAAAAUUGGAAAGAGAAGAAUUGCAAGUUAUUGUGGAUGUGCUAAUGUAUGAUAGUAUUGAAGUGUUGCCUGAUGAUUUGGAUGAGGAGGAGUCGAUUAUUUUGGAGAGGAAACUUGCAUUACUCUUUCUAUUGGAUAAAGCUGAUGAGAAUGAGUUGACUUAUUGGAAGAAAAUUUUAUUCGAAGGUGUUAAUUUGGGAUAUUUGGAAAGUUUUGGUUUUACUGAAAAGGCAAAACAAAAAGUUGCGUAUUAUAUUGAAAAUUUCGAAUGUGGAAUUUAUUUGAAUAAUUUACACAAUCUUCUAGUUUCCAAUAACUCAAUAACUGAAUUGGAUAUUACAGAAAAAGAGGACAUUUCUAAUCCACUAUGGGAAUUAUUCACCAAAGAAUGUGAUUCUGACAUUGACAUUUCAAUUACAUCAGAAGAUGGCCUCACUUCAUUCACCGUGAAAUGUCACAAAACAAUUCUCAUGUCAAAAAGCUUAUUUUUUGAAGCAUUUCUCUCAAGUGAGAAUGGUACUUGGAAUUCUAGUGAAAUCUUUCCAUACGAAACUCUUUUCAUUAUUGAAUACAUUUACGGAAAGGAACAUUUGGAAAUUCCCAAUCGAAAUCUCUUAAACGUCAUGAAGAAAGCUCACGAACAUGGACUAAAUGAUUUGAUUGAAUAUUGCACUGAAAAAGUUGAAUUUACAAAUGAGGAGGAAGCAAGUAAAUGGGCAGAACAAUUGGAAGAUUAUUAUGAAGAGCCAAUUUUUUGCUCAACCAUACUUUCUAAAUUAGCACAAAUUUGCAAAUCUGUUCCUUGUAAAUAUUCAUUGUAA